CCCUGAAGGAUGGCUUCCAUUAUGGGGGAUGCGAUCAUGGUGCUCAAAGGCCUUGCCAAGCUGACGGAGGCAGCCGUGGAAACCCACCUGCAGCACUUCGGCCUUGGUGCGGAGUUCAUCAUGGCAGCCCGGGCCCUGCAGUCCACAGCUGCAGAGCAGUUCAGCAUGUUCCUGGGGACGGUGCAGGAGCAGGACAAGCAUGAAGAAUCUUACAUGUCGGAGAGCUUUGACGACCCAGAAUCAGAGUUCCACUUCUCAGGGCCAAGGGCCGAGGGCGCCUCUGCAAACUUCUCUGCAGCCUCCUCCCAGGACCAGCCGUCGUCUCCACCCCAGGAUCCCGCCAGCAGCAAGGGCCCAGCUCCUGCCUACGCUGACAGUGGACCCUUUAGGGAAGCUGGGCUCCCAGGGCAGACUGCCUCUCCUCUGGGCAGGCGGGACGGGAGGCUUUUUGUAGAUAGCAGAGCCCCCUUCUGUCCCACUGGCCUGCAGCGAAGGUUCUUCCACCAGGACCAGUCCCCUGUGGGGGGCCUUACAGCCGAGGACAUUGAGAAGGCCCGGCAGGCCAAGGCGCGCCCCGAGAGCAAGCCCCACAAGCAGAUGCUCAGUGAGCGGGCUCGGGAGCGGAAGGUGCCAGUUACAAGGAUUGGGCGGCUGGCCAACUUUGGAGGUCUGGCUGUGGGUCUGGGCUUUGGAGCCCUGGCUGAAGUCGCCAAGAAGACCCUCCGCUCUGAGGAUUCCUCAGGGGGGAAGAAGGCCGUGCUGGACUCCAGCCCCUUCCUGUCGGAGGCCAACGCAGAGCGCAUCGUGAGCACGCUGUGCAAGGUGCGCGGGGCGGCGCUCAAGCUGGGCCAGAUGCUGAGCAUCCAGGACGACGCUUUCAUCAACCCCCACCUGGCCAAGAUCUUCGAGCGGGUACGGCAGAGCGCGGACUUCAUGCCCCUGAAGCAGAUGACGAAAACUCUCAACAAUGACCUGGGCCCCAACUGGAGGGACAAGCUGGAGUACUUCGAGGAGCGGCCCUUCGCAGCCGCCUCCAUCGGGCAGGUGCACCUGGCCCGCAUGAAGGACGGGCGUGAGGUGGCCAUGAAGAUCCAGUACCCUGGCGUGGCCCAGAGCAUCAACAGCGACGUCAACAACCUCAUGGCCGUGCUGAACAUGAGCAACGUGCUUCCGGAAGGCCUGUUCCCCGAGCACCUGAUCGACGUGCUGAGGCGGGAGCUGGCCCUUGAGUGCGACUACAAGCGAGAGGCCGCCUGUGCCAAGAAGUUCAGGGAGCUGCUGAAGGACCACCCCUUCUUCUACGUGCCCGAGGUCGUGGACGAGCUCUGCAGCCCCCACGUGCUGACCACAGAGCUCGUGUCUGGCUUCCCCCUCGACCAGGCGGAGGGGCUGAGCCAGGAGAUCCGGAACGAGAUCUGCCACCACAUCCUGGUCCUGUGCCUACGGGAGCUGUUUGAGUUCCACUUCAUGCAGACAGACCCCAACUGGUCCAACUUCUUUUAUGAUCCUGAGCAGCACAAGGUGGCUCUCCUGGACUUUGGGGCAACUCGGGAAUUUGACAGAUCCUUCACUGACCUCUACAUCCAGAUCAUCAGGGCUGCUGCUGACCAGGACCGGGAGGCUGUGCUGAAAAAGUCCAUCGAGAUGAAGUUCCUCACCGGCUACGAGGUCAAGGCCAUGGAAGAUGCCCACGUGGACGCCAUCCUCACGCUGGGGAAGGCCUUUGCCUCUCAGGAGCCCUUUGACUUUGGCACCCAGAGCACCACCGAGGAGAUCCACAACCUGAUUCCCAUCAUGCUGAAGCACCGGCUCAUCCCGCCCCCCGAGGAGACCUACUCGCUGCACAGGAAGAUGGGGGGCUCCUUCCUCAUCUGCUCCAAGCUGAAGGCCAAGAUCCCCUGCAAGGACAUGUUCGAGGAGGCCUACAGCGGCUACUGCAAGAGGCGGGACGGGCAGUAGCACUCGGCCACGGAACCAGCAGGAAGCUGGUGGGGGCGGCGCUCCAUUUAAACUCCUUUGCCCGCGGGGAGGGUGGCGGGCUCUGACCGGGACGCUGCUGGAGCCCCAUUGCCAGCGCUUAUCAGGGUUUUUAUGGCUAAGAGGGUGCGGAGUGAGGUGUGCACGAAUGAGAAUGAAACCCCAGCUCCUCUCUCAGAAUCUAACAGUUGUUUAUUGAGCCUCUGAAAUCCUCUAGAUAAAGAUAAAAAGGCAAUUUUAUUUCCUCUUAGUAACAGGGGUUUUACCUAAUGUGAGUGUUAACCAGAAGGCGAGAAUCCCUGCCACC